AUGCUGCGGAAUACCCUUGUGCGCCGCGCCAAUGCGCAGGUGGCGAAGUCGACAGCAAAGGUGUCUAGCGCGUCCACCCAGCAAGUCGCGAAGAAGCCACCAUCAAAGGUGAAGUACUACAUGGGUGUCGCCUACGAGGGCCUGCGCCACGUGUAUCAUGGGUUUCGACUUUUCUUCAUCAACACACGUUUGGCCUGGAAGUACUCGCGCCAGCUGAAGAAAGGUGUCGCUCUCACGAGACGCGAGCGGCUUCUCUUGGAGAGCUCAACUAAGGAUCUAUUGCGGCUAGUGCCGUUUAGCUUCUUCAUUGUGGUUCCGUUUGCCGAGCUUCUUUUACCGGUCGCGUUAAAGAUGUUUCCUGGGCUUAUCCCGUCGACCUUCGAGUCGGAGUCCCAGGGGCGCAACCGCUUGUACGGUGACGCGAUGAAGACACUGCGUGCUCGUCAGCGCGCGAUGGACUACCUGUCUGCCACAGCGUUGGCCACAUUUGACAAGGAGCAGCAGGAGGUCAUCCGACGUGCCGUUAUGGGUGACUCAAUCGCCCCCAAAGACAUCCGUCUGGUGGCGCCGUACUUUGGUCGUGAUGGACCGUUUAGUGUCUUCAAGGUCCCGGACAACAUUGUAGUUGGUCUCGGUCGAUCUGUUGGGGUCUACAAAUGGUAUCACUCCCUCCUCCCCACACGCGUGUUGUCUCCUAUUAUGCGGCGCUCGAUCAUCCGCCGGUACCACGAGGCUCGCGAGGAUGACCGGCUCAUUCGCCUGGAGGGCCUUGACGGCAUGAACAACGAUGAGCUUGUCAAGGCCAACCAAACACGCGGCAUGCGGUGGACAGAGGGAACUGAGACGCUCCGAGUACAGCUGGAGUGGUGGAACUCUCUGGCGCAGGAUGACAGUGUCCCAUAUAACACGCUCUGGUGGAUCAAGCCGACUCGGUAUAGCAUUCGUAAGUCCAUGAACAACUUGCCAGUCGAGCAGCGGCGGCAGCUUUUAGGUAUCCAGAAUCUGCCAGAGACGGUUCGUGCGAGUCUCGAAACGUUAUGUGAAACUGUCGACACGAUGUCUUCCAUUAGCGAUGAGCCAAACAGCGCCGACAAGCUUGUGGAGAAGAUUGAAAAGAUUACCUCUUCUGCUGAGAAGAGCGACUCUGACAUUGGCUUUGAGGGUCUGCAGGAGGCCGUCGGGGCCUACCUGACGGAGGAAAACGUGAAGAAGAUGUUCGAAAAGUUGAGCAAGAAGAAGCUUCCGGAGGAGAGCGUGGUGGUCUCGGAUGUCAUCGAGUGCAUCGGUCAAGAGACGCACAACUCUAGCCACGUUGUGUCGACAGUGUUUGACGCAUUCGACUACGGCGCCGGUUCAAAGCCCAUCACAGAGAAGGCUCUUUUGGGUAUCGGCGCCCGUUGCCGAAAGGCGGUGAGACCGCCGCCCGCGCCGAGGGCAGCAGAGGAAAAACCAAAGAGUACAUCCACGAAGGAGGAGAAGUCCAUAGAGGCGGCACCGCCUGGCAAGAGGUGA